CCUGCCGUAUGGUGGAUUGUGCAAAAUGGCGGCGCCCAUGAAACGGAUCAGCCAAUGACUUUCUCUGGGUGUACCCCUUCUACUUGCAGCUUGGAUUCACAGGGACCAUUUCAUUUCCUAAGUUUUUAAAAAAAGUAAAUAUCACCAAGCCCCAACGCCAUGUUACCGUCUGUGAGGAGAAUGAUCUGUCCAGCUCUAGUUGGUACUUCUUGCCGGAGUCACAUGCUCUACUCCACUGCGUCCCCUUCCUCCUGGACUAAAGUGGUGUCUGAGGCAGAAAAGAUUGUUGGAUACCCGACCUCCUUCAUGAGUCUCCGCUGUCUGCUCAGUGAUGAGCUGAGCAACAUUGCCCUUCAUGUCAGGAAAUUGGUUGGGACAAGGCAUCCUUUAAUAUCCACAGCCAGGGGAUUUGUCUGCGACAGCAGAAACAAUCUUCAGUUGCGAGGUCUUGUUGUCUUAUUGAUGUCGAAAGCAGCUGGACCUGGCAAAACAGCUGACCCUCUACUUGAAGGUGACCUGGUCAGUGGAAUCUACCCCAGUCAGCGAAAUCUGGCUGAAAUUACAGAACUGAUCCACACAGCUUUUCUCGUGCAUCGUGGAAUAGUGAAUAUUAUGGAAGUGACUUCGUCCCAUGGAUCAUUGAAGGAUAUGCAGUUUGGCAAUAAAAUGGCAGUCCUGAGUGGUGACUUUCUUCUGGCAAAUGCAUCUACAGGUCUUGCUCAGUUACAGAACACUAAGGUUGUGGAGCUUGUAUCAAGUGCAAUUGGAGACUUAGUUCAAGGAGUAUAUUAUGAAAAUGCUAGAAUUGAUGAGGAGAAAAUUACUGAAGACAUCCUGAUGACUAACUGGGAGAGGCGGAUAUUUUUAUCCCAUGGUGCUUUGCUGGCGAAGUGUUGUCAAGGUGCAAUGCAACUAGCAAAUCAUGAUGCUGAGGUUCAAGAAAUGGCAUUUCAGUAUGGAAGACACAUGUCUUUAGCUCACAAACUGAACUCUGACCUUCAGCCAUUUGUUGCGGAAACCUCUUGUGACACGAUGCCUUUCUGUCUGAACUCUGCUCCAGUCAUCUUACAUCAGGAGGCUUCAGGUCGAGAUACUUGGAUUAAUCAACUUAAAAAGGCUAAAGUAAAUGGUAAACAAGCUGAUUAUGCCAAGCUGCAUCGAAUAAUCAAAGCUGGGAAAGGUGUGAGUUCAUCUCUUGAUUUAUGCCGUUACCAUGGAAACGGGGCUUUGGAAGCCCUCCGCUGCUUUCCUACUUCUGAAGCCAGAUCAACUCUGGAAAAGAUUGUUUAUGCUGUGACCAAAUUCUGACUGGAGAAAUCACACAUGCAGCAAAAUCAAACUGUAAGAGAAAUGAAUGGUUUGUACCGACAGAAAUGUUGCAAAGUGAUAGAGAAAGGUUCUGUUCUUUUUUAAAGAAAUCACAGUGAAACAAAGCAGGUUUGCAAUGUCUUUUCCCCUACCUCUCCUUGUAUGCCUGUAAACAAAUUUGCAGAAAGGUCAAACAGUUUUCCCUUGUCAAGCCAGAGGCACACUGGAGGCAGCAAGGGCAGAAAUAAUUAAUGAGAUUUGUUGCUGUGACCUCAGCAAAUGGACAGGAAAUAAGGCCGUAUUGAUUGGACACAACCAAGGAUGGCGCCACAAUGGUGGCCUGUGGUUUUCCCCUAUACUUGGAGGACGGAGCUUGGGGCAGGCUCAGGGAGAGACUUAGAAUGAGACUGCAGGUGUUGUGAGAAAACACUUCAAAACCUGUCUGAUGGAUCUGCCAUGUCAGGAUAAUAGUCCAAUUUAUCACCGUGCAGGGCAAUUGUAAGGAUAAAGAUUUAGCCUGGGGCUGUGCAAACAGUAUAACAGCUUAAAAGAUGGUAAAUUGUCAAAGCUCCUACUUGUGAAUUGUGGAAAAGAUGGUUACUUGAAUUAAAAUGUUGAUUUUUAAAAAAUGUUAUAUGUUACGCAUACCAUAUGAUUUCUUUUCAUCAUCUUUUGUUGCUGUUGAUUUAGGUAUUCCCCAUGUACUCGGAAAGCCCAGAUUUAAAACUUUAGCCAAGUAUUGUGAUUAACUGUGUAAUAUAACAGCAGUAAAUAGAUACCGGUAAUUUGUUUACUAAUUGAUCGAGUUAGUCAAUGUUUAUUAAUUAUGACGUGCCUGUUUUUCAUCUUCCCAAAGAAAACCUUUUUGCGAUU